AUGUCGCCAAUGGAGCAUCUUGCGCUGACCCGCGCCAGCCUCGAGGGCCGUCUUCUCUUUGCGGUCCCGAAGAAGGGUCGUCUCAACCAGGCCACGCUGAACCUCCUCGAGGGCGCUGAUAUCCAAUUCAAGCGCGAAAACCGCCUCGACAUCGCCCUCGUCAAGAACCUCCCCAUAGCUCUCAUCUUCCUCCCCGCCGCCGACAUCCCCACCUUCGUCGGAGAAGGCCAGGUCGACCUCGGAAUCACCGGCUGGGACCAGGUCCAGGAGCACGAUGCCCGCGUGAGGGCCUACAACCGCGACAGGAGGCUCUCCGUCGACGGUGCUGCAUCCUACGCCGGCGAUGACGGCGACAUCAAGAAGUCCCGUAGCGAAAUGGUCAUGGAGCUUGGCUUUGGCGGCUGCAAGCUCCAGGUUCAGGUCCCCAAGAAUGGACCAUACAGGACCUCGCAGGAUCUCGUGGGAAAAACUAUCGGUACGAGUUUCGUCGACUUGGCCACCGAGCACUUUGCUAGGCUGGAGCUUGGCUUGGAGUCUGAGACCAAGAGCGACGAUUUCCUGGUUCCUAAGAAGCUUCGAACCAAGAUUAUUGAGCUGAGCGGGAGCGUUGAGGCGGCCUGCGCCCUCGGUGUCGCUGACGGCAUUGUCGAUCUUGUUGAGUCCGGAGAGACCAUGCGAGCCGCAGGCCUCGAAGCCAUUGACACCGUCGUCGAAUCCCAAUCCGUUCUCAUCAAGUCCCGCAAGCCUUCCAACCCCGAACUCGUAGACCUGAUCGCCUCGCGCAUCCGCGGCGUCAUCACCGCCCAAAAGUAUGUCAUGUGCCAGUACAACGUCGAGAGGACGAAACUCCCCGCCGUCGUCAAGAUCACCCCCGGGAAGCGCGCCCCCACCGUCACCAGCCUCGACGAGGACGGCUGGGUCGCCGUCAGCGUCAUGGUGGAGUCCAAGAAGAUUGCUGUUGUCAUGGAUGACUUGACAAAGGUUGGGGCUCAGGAUAUUUUGGUUAUUGAUAUCAAGAACUCGAGGUAG